UCUGUGUGUGUGUGCGCGCGCGCGCGCGAGUGUGUGUGUGAGUGCGCGUGUGCGCGUGUCGAGAGAGCGAGCGGGCGCGAGUGUGGCCGGCUCGGAGCGCGAGCAGGACCCGGCGGGCGCGCUCCCCAGCCCCUGUCGGCGCCGGAACCAUGUCGGGCAGGUCGGUUCGAGCCGAGACCAGGAGCCGCGCCAAAGAUGAUAUCAAGCGGGUCAUGGCGGCGAUCGAGAAAGUGCGCAAAUGGGAGAAGAAGUGGGUCACGGUUGGCGACACAUCCCUCCGAAUCUACAAGUGGGUCCCGGUGACGGAGCCGAAAGUGGACGACAAAAACAAGAAUAAAAAGAAGGGCAAGGAUGAGAAGUGUGGCUCAGAGGUGACCACGCCGGAGAACAGCUCCUCCCCGGGGAUGAUGGACAUGCACGAUGACAACAGCAACCAGAGCUCCAUAGCAGACGCCUCCCCCAUCAAGCAGGAGAACAGCAGCAACUGCAGCCCGGCCCCGGAGCCCAGUGGGGCCCUGCCCAGCGACGGCAGUGAGGCCAAGGCAGACGAGGCGCAGGCAGAUGGCAAGGAGCACCCAGGGGCCGAAGAUGCUGCUGAUGAGCAGAACUCACAGUCGUCGAUGGAAAACUCAAACAGUUCGGAGAAAGUGGAGCGGCAGCCGUCUGCAGAGUCGGGGCUGACCACCGAGUCGUCCACAACCUCUCAGGACCUGGAAGGAGGGCCGCCCUCCAAGAAGCUGAAGCUGGAGGCCUCGCAGCAGAACCCCGAGGAGAUGUAGGCGCCGGCUUGGUCUCCGGCCCUGUGUCCUGGCAGGGGCACUGCAGGCUGCGUCCUGAACCUCGCGGCCCAGUGGUGCCCUUGGGUGCGGACAGACCACACAGUUUCCGGUUUACCAAGUCGAAUCCAAGGACACCUGGCCCGGCGUGACUUCUCAGACACUGAAGACCUCUGCUGCGAAGCGAGACCUCGAACCUUGAAGCAACUGUCCUUGGCGAGGCGAGCGACCGCUUAGGAGUCUGCACACUGUCCUGGGAGCCAAGAUGACAUUUGUGUUGCUGCUGUGUCCCCUCUGUCUCACGAUAUGAGCUAUGGGAGUGUGGUGCCCAUCAGGUGCCGCUUCCUGUUGGGGCUUUUCACUGUUUCACGAUUCCUUCCGCUUUCUUUUUCUGUGCCUUGUGCCCUUGAGGUGACCUCUGGCAUGUCUCCUGGUUGUUUUGCUCUCCCUUUGCAAAGUGCCCUCUUGGGCGGCUGCCACCUGACCCUCUCCCUCCUCCCCACCCCAGGACCACUUUGCUUUGAGCCGCAGGAUAGAGCUAUGGGGAGUGAGGUGCCCUGAGCCCAGCUUGGCCUCCUGCUCAGCACUGCGCCCUUACCUGCCCGGGCCUUGGGAGUGUGUUUCUAGGACUCACAAAGCCCUUGGAUGUUUCUGGCACUUCUGCACCUCUGUUCCCGCUGUCGCCACCACCUCCGUCCUCUGCUGUCUGCUGGACCCCUGGACGAUGCUUCCUGAGGCAUUGUCAGGGCUGGGGAGGCCGGAAGCAGGCGGUGGGCCAAGCUGGUGCUGAACCCUCCUGGGACGUCGCUGGAUUCAAGUCUCUGGCCCUGCGGCCCCCAGGUCCCCUUCCCCAUGGACGUGGUCGCACACGGUACUGACUCUCAGAGCGACAAGUUGGGGCUCAUUCCCAGGACAAGCCCUCGGUCUCAGCAGGGAGCAGGCCUUGAGGAUUGGGCCUUAAAGGCCAGGCAAAGGCACCCAGGACUUGGGAAGAUUUGCACAUCCUCCAGGAAGGAGCGCCCCGCAGAAGCGGCCCCUUGGCCCCACCCCACUGCGGCCGGCAGCGUCCUGUCUCCAUGGAGACGAUGGAGACAAAUGCCUCACUGUCAGUUCCAGGGCCUGGUUUGCUCUAACGACUCUCCGGACUCCUCGGACCUUAAACCUUUUCCUAAGCUUUCUUUACUGCACUGGAGUUCUGGCUCCCUUUGAGUUGUGUGUUACUGGGGGUGGGGGCUGCGGGUUUUGUUGUUUUGUUUUCAUUUUGUUUUGGGGCUAAAUUGGUGCAUAUUCAGGUACCACCUUCGAUGUGGGGGUCUUUCUCCGACCACCGUGGGAAGUGUCUGGCAGAUCCCAUUUUCUAAGAGUUUCUGAGGGCGAAGCUCCUAUUUUUUUUUUAAAAAGGGAGCCUAUCUAUUUCCUGCACUUCAAGAAGAAUCAGAAAUGUUCCUGAAUUUCAAAUACCUCAUGCAAAAUGUCUCCUGAAAUAAGGGAAAAAAACAAACAAACUGAAAAUCUUAAUGUUGAAGUUAGCAAUGCUGAAAGGUUUCUGUCUUAAAAAAAAAAUCCUCAUACUUCUCCAUCCUGCCCUCAGGGGGCCAGUUCUGCUGAGAAUUGAGACCUGGGUCUUGUCACAGCUGUGACCGGAUGUGGGACCUCGAAAGCCAUCUCGAGACUCUCGGAGGUUGACCUCCAGAUCUCUUGAAGCUAGGGUGACACUUUGCAGCAAACCAUUUUGGGGCAAGACGAAUUGGGAUAUUUAUUUCUCUAGGGAAAUGAGAGGUGACAGCUGACGGAGAGUCCCAUACACGAAUCCACGGGGCCAGCGGGCCAGCCAGGGGCCCCUGCACCUCUCCGGACAGGCGAGGGGAGCUGACGCGGGGGUUGAAGGUGAUGAGGUCCGCAGUCCCAGGCUGCCCUUCGUUUCUCUCUGAAGUGCCUGUAGGUAGGAAUGGGCCAGUGGUGAGGACCCAAGGGCCCCGCCACAGCCAUGGCCAGGCCAGGCAAAGCACCGGCAGCCCUGCUCGCCCCACCGGCCGGACGCCUUCCACACGGAUCGGUGAGACUGCAGAAAUCCAAUGUGCUUCCUUCCAGCCACCCGCACCCUCGCCCUGUCCCCACUGGAACCCAAGACCUGGCUUCGCCAGGGUGGGAUCCUCGGGGACACCAGGCCCCAUGGCCUAAAGGGCUCCCAGGGCAAACUCAAUCCCCGAGACUCAAGGCGGGGAGGCUGCGGCUCCACAUUCCAGAGUGCUGGCACCGACCGAACGAAGGCUGGCGACCGCUUCUAGGGUGGUGACCGCCAUCGUCAGCCGGUGUCACGUCCGGAAUGUUCCUUAGCGCCAAGGACCUGCUUAGAGGGAUAAAGACCUUCUCUUCACCGUUACUUAAUUGUUUUUCCUCUUACAAUUUUUUUUGGUGUGUUGUACAGCAGUAUAAUUUUUCACUUAUUUAUUCCAUCAGUAGAUAUGGUUUGUACAAUGUACAAUGGUUCCAUUUCAGAAAAUAAAAUUCAAAUCAUGAGUACA